CAAACCAUAAGUCGCUGAUACUUCAACCAAAAAUCAUUAACCAGGCUCCCUGAGAACUUCCACAAAAUGAUGCAAAUCAAAUACUUGUUCGCCCUCUGCGCUGUCCUGAUGCUGGUGGUCCUGGGAUCCAACCAAGUCGAUGCCGACUGUCUAUCCGGAAGGUACAAGGGUCCUUGUGCCGUCUGGGACAAUGAGACCUGCCGUCGUGUGUGCAAGGAGGAGGGACGCGUCAGUGGACACUGCAGUCCCAGCCUGAAGUGCUGGUGCGAAGGAUGCUAAGUCACCAGUCCUUAAAAAUAUAUUUGAAAUACGUUCAGCAAUACAAUAUUAUACGCUGCAACUAUGAAUAUUCAAUAAAAAAACAUAAUGUACAUUAA